AAUCUUUUCCUCCUUCAAAGAGAGGCUGAGUCAGCCAACAGAGAACUAUACAAAACAAGCAGAGACUCUGAUCACGGACCUCCACAACCCGCUUUGGAAAUCACCUUGGUCGUCCGAUAGUGAGGGUCAGCUUCCUGCCCUUACGCAUCCGUUGACUUCUUUCAAAUAGACCGCCUUCGCUCAUACCCAAUCAGAAUGCUCGAUAUUUAGCCAUUAGCCAAUGGGCGAGAAGAAUAGGGAGGGGGAAAAAAGAGGGCGUGAAGCCUAACCAAGGCGCCAUUACACUUCAGGGCAAAGGGGUUAGGAAGCCGGCAUGGCGCUCGGGUCAAUAAAAUCGAUAGCUGGAAACUGCCUGUGUUUUAGGCAAAGGCGGUGCGAUAGCAGCGCCGCCAUUUUCCCCAAAGGCAUCUUCCAGUGUCUCUCACCCAAGUUCGGGCAAGUUUUAUGAAUAACAGCGAGGUUUCUGUUAGCCCCGCAGGCGGCUGCCUCCGAUCCCCUCCAGGGCUCCCAGCCACGCUCGGCCUGGGCCGGCGGGGGUUCCUUAAUCUCGGGGUCCAAUGGCGCCGCCUUCGGCCCCACUCCCCGCCCAGGGACCAGGCCAGGCCGGACCCAGCCGGAGAAGGGGAACAAGGCCAAGGGCCUUGAAGUUCGCGGACGUGGCUGUGUACUUCUCCCCGGAGGAGUGGGGCUGUUUGCGGCCGGCGCAGAGGACCCUGUACCGGGACGUGAUGCGCGAGACCUACGGCCUCCUGGGCGCGCUCGGGUGCGCAGGUCCCAAACCAGCCCUCAUCUCCUGGUUGGAACGAAGUACUGAUGAUUGGGAACCGGCUGCCCUAGAUCCGCAGGAGUACCCGAGAGGGGUAACAGUCCAGAGAAAAAACAGAACCAGAAAGAAAAGUGGGGAGAAGGAAGCAUUCUCACCUAAGGAAGCACCCCGAAAGGGGAAGCGUGGGCGGAGGCCCAGCAAACCCCGGCUGAUCCCUAGGCAGACGUCUGGUGGCACCAUCUGCCCUGACUGUGGCUGUACCUUUCCUGAUCAUCCGGCCCUGGAGAGCCACAAGUGUGCCCAGAAUCUGAAGAAACCCUACCCUUGCCCGGACUGUGGGCGCCGAUUUUCUUACCCAUCCUUGCUGGUUAGUCAUCGACGGGCACACUCCGGUGAGUGCCCCUAUGUCUGUGACCAGUGUGGCAAACGCUUCUCCCAGCGCAAGAACCUUUCUCAGCACCAGGUGAUCCACACGGGAGAGAAGCCCUACCACUGCCCAGACUGCGGCCGCUGUUUCCGCAGGAGCCGGUCCUUGGCCAAUCACCGGACCACACACACGGGCGAGAAGCCCCACCAGUGCACCAGCUGUGGGCGCCGCUUUGCCUACCCCUCCCUGUUGGCCAUCCACCAGCGCACGCACACGGGAGAGAAGCCCUACACCUGUGUGGAGUGCAGCCGCCGCUUCCGCCAGCGCACAGCCCUGGUCAUCCACCAGCGCAUCCACACGGGUGAGAAGCCCUACCCGUGUCCAGACUGCGAGCGGCGCUUCUCCUCGUCCUCCCGCCUGGUCAGCCACCGGCGCGUGCACUCUGGGGAGCGCCCCUAUGCCUGCGAGCACUGUGAAGCCAGAUUCUCCCAGCGCAGCACGCUGCUCCAGCACCAGCUCCUGCACACAGGCGAGAAGCCCUAUCCCUGCCCCGAUUGUGGGCGUGCCUUCCGGCGGAGCGGUUCCCUCGCCAUCCAUCGUAGCACGCACACUGAGGAGAAGCUGCAUGCCUGUGAGGACUGUGGCCGUCGCUUUGCCUACCCCUCGCUGCUGGCCAGCCACCGGCGCGUGCACUCCGGCGAGCGGCCCUAUGCCUGUGACCUUUGCUCCAAGCGCUUUGCCCAGUGGAGCCACCUGGCUCAGCACCAGCUCCUGCACACUGGGGAGAAGCCCUUCCCCUGCCUUGAGUGCGGCAGAUGCUUCCGCCAGAGGUGGUCUCUGGCAGUCCACAAGUGUAGCCCCAAGGGCCCAAGCUGUAACACUAGAUCUACUCCAGGGGGUGCUAGCCACAGGGGCAACACCCCUUAGAAAGGGAGGAAUUAAGUUUCUUUCCAUUCGUGGAGGGGUCCAGGAAAGGGAAGGGGCCACCUGGGUCAUACAGCCACAGAGUGUGAACUAAAACCCAGGUCUCCUGUCCACACACGUCCUUAGUAUGUUCCACCACACUGACUGCCUUACUGUACGUGUCUAGAGUAGUCCCAGCAGGAGAGGUGACAUCAUUUGGUUAGUUUUCCAAGCUAUCCUACCUUAAAAUAAUUUAUGUGUGUGGGUACCAGGGCUAAAAGUUCUCCCCACCAUUUUAAGAGCUACUACUUUUCUGGUUUGUGCAUAGGAGGGUUACCCAUCUCCUUGCAUGCAAUCAGGAAAAUCUCAUUGUAGGGGGCAGGGCCUUCUACUCUUGGGCUCUUCCUCCAUACCAACCUGAAAAACACCUGGUUUACUCCACUUUUUACAACAUUCCCGCCAAGUGAUCUACUGUUUGCUUGAAAACAUCCCUUGACGGGGAGCUCACCACUUCACAAUGCAGGUCAUAUCAUUUGUGGGACAGUGCUGAUCUUUAACAGGUUAAGUACCAUAUUCUCAUUCUCUGUAAACCUGACCUAGGGCCGGGGAUGUAGCUCAGUGGCACCACCCCUGCCUCACAAGUGCAAGGUCCUGAGUUCAAUCCCUGGCACCAAAAAUAAAUAAAAUCUCACAAAUCUUGGCCUAGAAUAUGUUUAAUACUUCAUCUAUGUGGCUGCCUUUCAAAUAACUUAAUCACAGCUACUUUGCCCUCAAGUUUUCUUGGAUAAAUAGCAUUAAUUUGGUCAGUCUUUUCUUUUUUGAGACAGCAUGCCUAAAGUGGUCUUGAUAGGUUCAAGCAAACCUGCCUUAGCCUCCAAAAUAGUUGGGACUAGGUGUGCAGCACACCGGGCUCUGGUCAGUCACUCUAAAGAUAAGAUUUCAGUUCCCACACAUGAGCUCUCUCCAACAGCCACUGCUUUUUUAUCACCCUUUUAGAGGGUGAUAGAAAAUAAGGCAGCACCCAGUGCAUAUGCUGUACCCCUUCCUUGUCUGCCCUUAACAACUCUGGAUUACACUGGUUUGGGGGGUAGCUGUACUGUACCAGGGGUUUACUGGAUUCCAGACACCUAAAUGCCCUUUUUUUUGGUACCGGGGAUUGAACUCGGGACCUUGUGCUUUUGAAGCAGGCACGAGAACCACUGAGCUAAAUCCCUGGCCCCCUAACAUUUUUAAAAAGUGACAUGUGAUAAAGUUAUGUCUUCACCCUGUGUUUGGAAAAUUGGUUCAAGAUGAGUAUGAGACAUAAGCACAGUAAACGCUGAGAGAAGAUGGAUUGUAAGGAAAAGCAGGGGACCUGCAGUCUAGCAGCAAAAUGUAAAAAUGGGAUGGGCUUAUUGUACUUCAUUAGAUGGACUUCAACUGAUUUCAGGUGUUUAGUGGCUGGAGAAUCCUUGAGAACUGGGUCUUACUCCUCCCUGUUCUCAUCAAAAUAAAGCAGAAUCAGCACAGAAACUUCUAUGAGGCCUCAGUCAACUUUUUCAUAAACUAAAGUGAGGCCAUUCAAGUUGGGCAGAAAGGUAAUUGAAUACAAAGAAGAGUCUCAUCAAACUGUCCAUGCCUUCUUUUCUUGAAAUCUCCAAAGGGGCCACCACAGCAGUGUCUUAAUUGUUGAUAGGCCUCCCUGGCAUAUCAGGCCACCCGAGUUGGUGGUGAUCAGUAAAGCUUAACUGAACUAAGAGUGAACAGGGCCUGCCACUUUGCCUUGGGCAGUGGCACCAAAUUAGAAUUUCCAAACAUCAUUUAUCUCAUAUUCCAACAGCUGGAGUGGGUGACCCUAACCUAGUUGCUGCUUUUUACAGCUCUCCUGAUCUCAGCCCCAGAGUGGAGAAGUAGCUAGGGAACAGCAUUUUGUAAUGACCUCUGUUCAGGUAUUUAGCAAGGUGCAUUUAACUCUGUCUGUUUCCCCUUGGAUGAUGAGCUACUCCUCAAGCAGAGGUACUACUGGAUUGAGCCUCAUUAAAAUGUCUGAUGAAUUA